GCCAUAUACUCCAUGAUCAAUUUUGACACCAUGUGGCAUAGGGUCUUGGCAAUUGCAAUAUUUUGCGAGUGGAAUUUAGGUGGCAUAUUCGCGUAUUCUCAAUUACUCUUGAACAACCGCCAGGGUGGCACUUAUUUAUCUUUGGACGUUAUGACCUACGUCAAUGUAUCAGACUAUUUGCCUUUUCAGGAGUAUGAUGUUGAAGCAGCUCUGGGCACGCCUCCGCAGUCACUGGCUUUGCGGGUGUCGAGUACUCCAUAUCAUUUUGUUUCCUUCAGUCGUUCUACGCUGUGUGUAGAACUGACUAGUUGUGAACUCGGAAGUUACGAUCCUCAAGCCUCGAGCACCAAGACCGUGGUCAGCAUAGGAAACCUGAACGAAACCACCGGCGAUGCAACUACGAUCCAAAAUAUGAUUUGCGAUAUCUUUAAUGACACCUUGGCUUUGGGUAACACGCGAUUAUCAAAUGCCACCUUUGGUCUUGCAGUUGGCGUUGCCCUGGAUGAACUCAGGUUAGGUCUCGGAGGUCUGAUGAAACGCCACUCUCCUGAUCUCCCACUAUCGCUUCCCGCUUUCCUGGAGCAGAAUGGACAGAUAAGCAGCAGUACAUAUAGCUAUGCUUUGGACAAGCUCAAUGCCACAGCCAAUGGAACGUUACUGUUUGGGGCGAUUGACACAGAAAGUAUUUCGGCCCUCUCACUGUUCUACAAACACAACCAUUCCGAUGAGCUGCUUGCAGGUAUACCUUUAUAUCUCGAGCCGGGUAUUGGCAAAACGACUGCUGUUCUCCCCAAGCCUCUGGCCGACUCCAUAUACAACCUCACCGGGGCAGUUCUCAACGAAACAACUGGCCAGCCCGUGGUUGACUACGGUUUGGCGAACAGCAAUGCAUCAUUCUCGUUUCAGUUCAACGGUCCUACAGGUCCUGUCCUAACCGCUGCGAUUGCCGAUUUCGUGCAGCCUGAUGAAAUUCAUGAGAAUCAACAACUUGGACUCGCCCAAUCACGAUACACCACCGCUUCGAACGUGGUGCCCUUCGCCAGCAAAGGUGCUACAAUACCACUAGCGACGCCAGGGCCUACCGUCCCAGCGGCGACUGUGUACGAUGUCACCGAUGACAUCUUUGAGGACUUUCCGAGUGCCAUGAUCACAAAUUCUGCAUCGGCUCCCGGACUCCGGGAAUAUUAUUCGCGAGCAUCUCUUUCGGUUUCGCCCCUUGCAUUAGGACUAAGUAUCCCGCUUGCGGUGCUGGCCAUGAUUGUUAUCGCAAUCACCACAUGGACUGUCGGGCCCGGACGUUCGCGGAUCUGCUGCGGAUGCAUGUUCUCUGGCAGGCAGAAGACCAUCUCGGAACUAGAAACCAACGUCCCCAGUCCUCACGCUGCGGAGAUGCCUAGCGCUCCGUAG